CUGCCAGCAAGGGCUCUCCCCUUCCUGAAUCUGGACACGGUUUUGCUUGUCUGGAGACGGGCUCUAGCCAGGACCUGUCAGUGGAAAGUCAUGGAGCCAUACAGUCUUGGGGAAGAGGGAGCACUUCCGUCAGAAGGGCAUCUCCCACCCUUCUCUGAGAGUCAAGGGCUCAACUGCAGUGACACACUCAACCGGGACCUGGGCCCCAGCACACGGGACCUGCUCUAUGCUGGCUUAAGCGGUUUGGACCUUGACCCCAGUCUCUCCACAUCAGAUAUGCCCAGUGAAGUGCUGGAGGACAAUCUGGACAGCCUGUCCCUAUAUUCAGGGAAGGACAGUGACUCUGUGAAGCUGCUGGAAGAGUAUGCAGACUCGGAAUCACAGACCUCCUUACAAGACCUGGGGCUGGGCGCACUCAAGGUGCCUAAAGAGGCUGAUGAAGGAGGCAGGGCCACUGGGAGUACAAGGAAAGGCAAGCGGCAGCACAGUUCCCCUCAGAAUCCACUCCUGGACUGCAGCCUGUGUGGGAAAGUGUUCAGCAGCGCCAGUUCCCUGAGCAAGCAUUACCUGACGCACAGCCAGGAGAGGAAACACGUGUGCAAAGUCUGCAGCAAGGCCUUCAAGCGUCAGGACCACCUGACUGGACACAUGCUCACCCACCAGAAGACCAAGCCCUUUGUGUGCAUUGAGCAGGGUUGCAGCAAGAGCUACUGUGACUACCGCUCGCUGCGCCGCCACUAUGAAGUCCAGCAUGGAGUAUGCAUCCUGAAGGAGGCUCCACCAGAAGAGGAGGCCUAUGGAGACCCGACCCACAACCAUGAUGUUCCCAACCAGCCUCCACCCAGUGGCCUGAGGUCCCUGGGCCCCUCAGAAGCUAGGUCCCCUGGCUCUGUCUUGCCCAACAGAGACCUCCUUCGCUGUAUUGUGAGCAGCAUCGUCCACCAGAAGAUUCCUUCUCCUGGCCCAGCAGUGGGGCCUUCUGAUACCGAAGCAAGAAGCUCAGCUUGUGCCUGCCCCACCACACUGGGGUCAUCAUCAUGUACACCGGCCAGCACCCCAGUGGCCCCAGGAACCCUAGGCUCUGAGAUUUCUGAGGAAACUCAUCCUCCACGGAAGGAAGCUGCCACUGAAGUGUUCACAGGUGUCCAGUCAAGAGCAACUGAGAACGGUGACCCAGAUCCACCAGAGUCAGAGUUGGAGUCAGAGUCUCCAAGGCUUCAACGGCCAUCCUCCCUAGAGGGCUGGCCAGAGGCCAGCUCUCUGCCUGCCUGCCUGCCUCUCUUUAGAGGUCACUCUGUCCCCUCAGGAUCCCAGCCUUCCAGUCACAACUUCCAGUGGCUCCGGAACCUGCCUGGCUGUCCCAAGAACAAAGGAAGCAAUGUGUUUAUGGUCCACAAGACCCCUGCAGUGGCAUCCCGGGAGGGCUCUGAGGGAGGCUCUGGGCCCAGCAGCACCCCUACCUCAGUGGAGCCUUCACCCAGCCUGGGCACCAGCCAGGAGGACCUGCUGCCAUUUCCUCCUGCACUCCUAAAGGCCCCUGGUGAGGCCUCCAGUGAAGUCCGGCAGGGAGCUGGGGAAGAUGAAUCCUGGGCUCCCAAAAAGUGCAAACCAGACUGUGAGUCAUUCCCAUGGCAGAGCCCCACUGAACUUGGGCUCCAAGAUGCACAGAACCCAGGUGGGCUCCCCUCAGAUGCCACGCCCCUCUUCCGGCAGCUGUUCAUGAAGUCACAGGAGUCUCUGGUAAGCCAUGAGCAGAUGCAGGUGCUCCAGAUGAUUGCUAAGUCCCAGCGGAUCUUCUCCCAUACCCAGGUGGCUACAGCCUCAGCCCAGAGACCAGGGCCUGAGGGCAAGCAGUCCACUCUGAAGCCAUUACAGGGGCCAUGGCCACCACAAACUCUGCCACCAGUACCCACUGUAGACUCUUUCCAGAUAGGCCCAGGACACUCAGAGCCAGAGGGAUCCCCAGUCCGCAGGAGGAAAACCAUGCCUGCAGUGUCCAGAGAAACAUCCCCUGGUGGGCCUAGGCGAGACACAAAAGGAGGCCCCAAAGUGGCCUCUGCACCACCCUCCCUCACAGGGCCAGCUCUGCACCCCUCCCGGAAUCCAGACAGCUCUUCGUUGGCCAAAGGGACCUUGGACCUAGGGGACAUUAUCCCCAGUGCAGGCUCAAGGCAGUCCCAGUUAGGUGGAGAUGAGCCAGCUGGAACCCAGCUGGUUGGGAAACAGGGGCAAGGAGAGAAUGGCCUGGCUUCAGGGGUCAUGAGAGGUGAGAAGGGCCCAGCCUGCCCCCGAGGUGGAGGCUACAGGCUCUUCUCAGGGCACCCCAGGGCCCAGAGGUUCUCAGGUUUCCGGAAGGAGAAAGUAAAGAUGGAUGUGUGCUGUGCAGCCUCUCCAAGCCAGGUGGCCAUGGCCUCCUUCUCGUCGGCUGGGCCUGUUCCAGACCCACCCCGAGACAUGAAGUCCAAGCUGACCAUCUUCAACAGAAUCCAGGGUGGAAACAUCUACAGACUCCCCCAUCCAGUGAAGGAAGAGAGCUUGGCAGGCGGAUGCCAUCAGCCAAAUGGGGGUCCCACAGACUGGAUGGAGUCAAAGAGCACUUUUGUGUGCAAGAAUUGCAGCCAGAUGUUUUACACCGAGAAAGGGCUGAGCAGCCACAUGUGUUUCCAUAGUGACCAGUGGCCAUCACCUCGAGGGAAGCAGGAGCAACAGGGACAAGAAAAAGAUGGGGAAGAGAGAGACAGCAAGGAGAGCAGUCAGUACAGAAAACGGAAGAAACGGCCCCAGCCCAAGGCCCUAUUUGCCCCUCCUGCACCCUCUGUCCUUGGGGAGCCAGGCCCAGGAGGAUGCCACCAGAGCUGCCUGCGCUCUCCUGUGUUCCUGGUGGACCACCUCCUGAAGGGCUUGUUUCAGUGCUCUCCCUACACACCACCGCCUAUGCUUAGCCCGAUUCGUGAGGGCUCUGGGCUGUACUUCAAUACCCUCUGCUCCACAUCCAGGGCUGGGCCCCACCUCAUCAGCCCUGUACUUGACCAAGUGGACGGCUCCUUUGGCAUCUGUGUGGUGAAGGAUGACACUAAAAUCAGCAUCGAACCACAUAUCAACGUAGGAAGCAGAUUUCAGGCAGAGAUCCCAGAACUCCAGGAGAAGCCGCUGGCCAGAGUGGAUGAGAAUGUAGCUUCUCUGGUCUGGAAGCCAUGGGGAGAUGUGAUGACCAACCCAGAGACCCAGGACAGAGUUAUGGAGCUGUGCAAUGUAGCAUGUUCCAGCGUGAUGCCAGGAGGGGGCACCAACCUGGAGCUUGCCCUGCACUGCCUACAUGAUGCCCAGGGCAGUGUUCAGGUUGCCCUGGAGACUCUGUUACUCAGAGGACCCCAGAAGCCCCGGACUCACCCGCUGGCUGACUAUCGCUACACAGGUUCAGACAUCUGGACCCCCAUGGAGAAGAGGCUCUUCAAGAAAGCAUUCUGUGCUCACAAGAAGGACUUUUACCUGAUACACAAGACGAUCCAGACUAAAAGUGUAGCACAGUGUGUUGAGUACUACUACAUCUGGAAAAAGAUGGUUAAGUUUGACUGUGGCCGAGCUCCUGGGCUGGAGAAGAGGGGCAGAAGAGAGCUGGAUGAGGUAGAAAGGACUGAAGACAAGGUGACUUGCAGCCCUCGAGAGAGACCUACCCACCGUCCAACUCCUGAGUUAAAGAUAAAGACCAAGAGUUACAGGAGGGAGUCUAUCCUUCACUCCAGCCCAAGUGCAGCCCCCAAGCGCACCCCUGAGCCUCCAGGGAGUGUGGAGAGCCAGGGCGUGUUCCCUUGCAGAGAGUGCGAGAGGGUGUUCGACAAGAUCAAGAGUCGGAAUGCCCACAUGAAGCGCCACCGCCUCCAGGAGCAUGUGGAACCUGUUAGGGUGAAGUGGCCUGUGAAGCCCUACCCACUGAAGGAGGAAGAGGAGGAGGAAGAAGAAGAGCUGGGGGCCGACAUGGGCCCCCUGCAGUGGUGACUUCUUGCUAGAAGCUCGUCUGCAAGGAGAGGGGAUCCAGCUCUGAACCAGUGUCCUGGGCCCCUCAGAAGUGUUUGAGGCAUUCUUAUCCUCUCUGUCCUCUCACUUCUAUCCUUGCUAGCAUCUUUGGCUAGCAUUUGGACAUGAACAGGCAGAAGCUCUCAAGGUAGCUCUGGAGUCAUGUGGAUAAUCAGAGGCUCCAUUCUCUCCUGGUUAAUAGUUGCUUAUUUGCAGUCCCAGUCACUUGGAGCAGGGGACCCUGGGAGGCAGAAGAUUUGGUCUAGGUGGCAUUUAGAUCUGAGCUGUAGGCAUGGGGCUGACAUUGGUUAGAGAGAAUCAGUAAGGACACCUGAGAUACAGUGAGCUGGGCCCUCCUUGGGGCAGGGCCUCCCUGCAUUCCCACCAUCCCUAGUCUUGCAAUGACUGUAUAUUGUUAGGUGUAUUUUGUACGUGUCUGCUUGUAUCUUAUUAAAUUGGGUUCUUAAAGA